AUGGAGCGUUUGCAGUCAAAACAACCUAUUCGCGUGUGCAUUUGUCUUACCCAAUCAAACCCAUACUGGGAUGAACCACCAGAAUUAGUGUUGGAAAAGUUUUUGGGAGAGCUGGGCUGCGACUUGACCUACGGCAAUGACGCGAACUUAUUGGUGGAACAAAAAUGGAAUAAACGCAUUUUCUUGAUUUACGACUUCUUUCACGCCAAUUACAAUUAUGAAACAGCACAUCUGCAGACAGAAGCCGAAAUCCCUGUUCUCCAGGUUGACUCUCGCAGGACAAUGAUUAUUCGAAGUGCUGGACCCGCUUUCCAAGCACGAGUCAAUGGCGAUGUCCGUCAGAUACAUAAUUUGAAUGGUUACACUACUAAGCCACCUUACAUCGAUGAUCACAGUGGGGGUAAUAUUCCGGUUCAUAAAGAUCCUCGAGAUACUUCUCUGUUGAUGUACAAUUUGCACCAUUAA